GGGCCAGUCCAUCCCCCUGGCCCUAAGGCUGCAAGGCUCUGCCCUGGAGCUGCAGAGCUGACACCUCACUCUGCGAGGUUGUAAAGUGGAGCUGAUGCUGCUUGACCCCACAAAAGCUCACAGGCCUUUUAGGUGCCUGUUAAUGCUGGAAUGAAACCACAGGUAGCCAAGAAGACCUGCCUGUCAGACUGUGACCGCGCAGAUCUCAGCCGAAUGUUUAAAAGGCGCUCUUUGCAGUUUUGGAAUCGUGGCGCUGCUCUUGCUUAGUAUUAGGGCUCAAGCAGGUUAACGUCAGGGUUCAUUUUCUUAAAUGGCCGGUGGCCGUGGUGGUGUUGGACGUGGCUAACCUGGCACAGGGCAGCAGAGAUCCAGGUGUCAGGCCAGUGGAAGGGUUGAAGCCUCUCACCAGCAUGUCUGUUUUGGAGGGAAGUGUUGGACAUUGAGUGAGGCCCCUCUGCACUCAGCGACCCUGCCCUGUGCUCCCAGACCCAGUUUUGGGUCUGCUUGGUUGGCAUCAGGGUCCUGGCCCUUUCUGUGUUUUGGGACCUCUGUUUGCUUAUCAUAUUUGCAUCAUUGCCUUUACUCCCUGGGUGGCAGAGGGGGGAGCUCCUGAAGCCAUUUAGCCCUGCCAGCCUGGAGCUGCCCUUGUGCCUGUGCUGUGUUCUUUCUGCCUGGCAGUCCUGCCCUACGCAGUCUCAUGGAGGCAGGGCUCAUGGGAGGGGCCUUCCCUCGGCCCCAGCCAUUCCCCUGGGAACAUCACACUGUCUCACAGACACACUGUGACCAUUUUCUGUUGAACCUACUCUGUAAAACAUUCUCUAUACUUGGUUCGGGGGGAGCAAAAUCCAGAAUCUGCUAAACACCAAUGCUGUCGCUCAGAGUUUGUGUAUCUGCUGUCUGCGGAGCUCUGGACCAGGCUUGAGGGAUGCCUGGGGUUUCCACCCACGUCUGGGGCAAACCAGACCCCCAAGUCACUGACAUGUCAGUUUUUCUACUAAUCACGUUGGCUUUGGCAGUUCUGUAUAUAAUAAGAAGUAUUGUGUUCUCACUUGCACUUGGGCAGAACGGUUCACUCCAAGGCUGAAUGACUGCCACGGACCAUUCCCCCAGCAGGGGGUCCUGGGGUUUAGUGGUUUGAUUCUGAGCACCUCUACGCACAGAGCCCCUUAGUGGGUUCCCUAACUGGACGGCUAACCCUGCUGUGGAAUCUGACUUUUUCUGGACCGAAGAGGACAGGCUGCUCUGGAGAAACUCCUUGGGCCUUGUGCCUGAUGCUGGCUCGGGCCACCCUGGCCACCCUCCCUUCAUGCCCCAUGGGACCAGGCAGCAGCAUGGGAGGGGGCAGCUUCCAGAACACCCUUCUGCUAGGGGCUCCUGGCCUCCGUGCUGGCACGGCCACAUCCAUGGUCUGAGUGUGUGGUUGGAAUGUUUUAUCAACACCAGUCCUCACAGCUGCCCCAGAUGAGCGAAGGGGAAGGGGAUGGUGUGUGGGGGGAUUGCCUCCCUUGAGGCCCCCCAGCUCCCAGGAUGCUUGCUGGCGGAGCUCUGCCUGCGGUGGAGGCCCUAUGACUUGACCUCCGUCUUCUCCCUGGGCCCCUCGCUGGCCCUCGCUGGCAGGAGCUCCUGCACGCCUGUAAGGCCAAAGCCUCCCGCCAGGUGCAGAAGUAAAUGCAGGCCGGAGAUAAAUCGUAUUUCCCUCUAACUCGGAUGUGGAGUGAGAGGAAGGAAGCAGGAGUGGAGCUGAGUGUUAGUGAGAGGUGGCUGAGAAGGCGGGGUCCCGCUUCUUGCUUCCUUGGGCAUUUGCUGUAGGUGCUGGGUUUCAGCCUGGAAGGGUGCAGCCUCUGCACUAAGUCUGGUUUGGUGAACGUUCAUGGCCCCCAAUAUAAACAGUGUUCUGGACGUUCUUUGUGACUCUCGAGCCGAAACACUGUGGUGAUCUCUCGUAUCAUCUGCUUGUUAUGUAAUGUGACAACAUGGAUAUGAAAUAGAAACCAGAUGUCAGGGUGGAGCGGCUGAAUUCUUCCCCAGCGAGGCCGCCGGGAGAGCAGGACUUGGGUUUCUCCUGAGUUACGGCGCCGAACGCCCUCAGAAAAACGCCUUUGGAGCAGUUUCUGGGAUUAAGCGAAAGUCUGGGCUGAAGAUGGACUUUCUGGCCGAGACCAGCCAGUGGAGCUGCUGAAUCCUGCCCGCGUGAACCACAUGCCCAGCACGGUGGAUGUGGCCACGGCGCUGCCUCUGCAAGUGGCCCCCUCGGCAGUGCCCAUGGACCUGCGCCUGGACCACCAGUUCUCACUGCCUGUGGCAGAGCCGGCCCUGCGGGAGCAGCAGCUGCAGCAGGAGCUCCUGGCGCUCAAGCAGAAGCAGCAGAUCCAGAGGCAGAUCCUCAUCGCCGAGUUCCAGAGGCAGCACGAGCAGCUCUCCCGGCAGCACGAGGCGCAGCUCCACGAGCACAUCAAGCAACAGCAGGAGAUGCUGGCCAUGAAGCACCAGCAGGAGCUGCUGGAACACCAGCGGAAGCUGGAGAGGCACCGCCAGGAGCAGGAGCUGGAGAAGCAGCACCGGGAGCAGAAGCUGCAGCAGCUCAAGAACAAGGAGAAGGGCAAAGAGAGUGCCGUGGCCAGCACAGAAGUGAAGAUGAAGUUACAAGAAUUUGUCCUCAAUAAAAAGAAGGCGCUGGCCCACCGGAAUCUGAACCACUGCAUUUCCAGCGACCCUCGCUACUGGUACGGGAAAACGCAGCACAGUUCCCUUGACCAGAGUUCUCCACCCCAGAGCGGAGUGUCGACCUCCUAUAACCACCCGGUCCUGGGAAUGUACGACGCCAAAGAUGACUUCCCUCUUAGGAAAACAGCUUCUGAACCGAAUCUGAAAUUACGGUCCAGGCUAAAGCAGAAAGUGGCCGAAAGACGGAGCAGCCCCCUGUUACGCAGGAAAGACGGGCCAGUGGUCACUGCUCUAAAAAAGCGUCCGUUGGAUGUCACAGACUCCGCGUGCAGCAGCGCCCCAGGCUCCGGACCCAGCUCACCCAACAACAGCUCUGGGAGCGUCAGCGCAGAGAACGGUAUCGCGCCCACCGUCCCCAGCAUCCCGGCGGAGACGAGUUUGGCGCACAGACUUGUGGCACGAGAAGGCUCGGCCGCUCCACUUCCCCUCUACACGUCGCCAUCCCUGCCCAACAUCACGCUGGGCCUGCCUGCCACCGGCCCUUCUGCUGGCACGGCGGGCCAGCAGGACGCCGAGAGACUCGCCCUUCCCGCCCUCCAGCAGAGGCUCUCCCUUUUCCCCGGCACCCACCUCACUCCCUACCUGAGCACCUCGCCCUUGGAGCGGGAUGGAGGGGCAGCGCACAGCCCUCUUCUGCAGCACAUGGUCUUACUGGAGCAGCCGCCGGCACAAGCGCCCCUCGUCACAGACUGGUAUCUUUCAGGCCUGGGAGCACUGCCCCUCCACGCACAGUCCUUGGUUGGUGCAGACCGGGUGUCCCCCUCCAUCCACAAGCUGCGGCAGCACCGCCCACUGGGGCGGACCCAGUCGGCCCCGCUGCCCCAGAACGCCCAGGCUCUGCAGCACCUGGUCAUCCAGCAGCAGCAUCAGCAGUUUCUGGAGAAACACAAGCAGCAGUUCCAGCAGCAGCAACUGCAGAUGAACAAGAUCAUCCCCAAGCCAAGCGAGCCAGCCCGGCAGCCGGAGAGCCACCCGGAGGAGACGGAGGAGGAGCUCCGUGAGCACCAGGCUCUGCUGGACGAGCCCUACCUGGACCGGCUGCCAGGGCAGAAGGAGGCGCACGCACCGGCCGGCGUGCAGGUGAAGCAGGAGCCCAUUGAGAGCGAUGACGAAGAGGCGGAGCCCCCGCGGGAGGUGGAGCCGGGCCAGCGCCAGCCCAGUGAGCAGGAGCUGCUCUUCAGACAGCAAGCCCUCCUGCUGGAGCAGCAGCGGAUCCACCAGCUGAGGAACUACCAGGCGUCCAUGGAAGCCGCUGGCAUCCCCGUGUCCUUCGGCAGCCACAGGCCUCUGUCCCGGGCGCAGUCCUCACCCGCGUCUGCCACCUUCCCCGUGUCUGUGCAGGAGCCCCCCACCAAGCCGAGGUUCACGACAGGCCUCGUGUAUGACACGCUGAUGCUGAAGCACCAGUGCACCUGCGGGAGCAGCAGCAGCCACCCCGAGCACGCCGGGAGGAUCCAGAGCAUCUGGUCCCGCCUGCAGGAGACGGGCCUCCGGGGCAAAUGCGAGUGCAUCCGCGGACGCAAGGCCACCCUGGAGGAACUACAGACGGUGCACUCGGAAGCCCACACCCUCCUGUAUGGCACGAACCCCCUCAACCGGCAGAAACUGGACAGUAAGAAACUUCUAGGCUCGCUCGCCUCCGUGUUCGUCCGGCUCCCCUGCGGUGGUGUUGGGGUGGACAGUGACACCAUAUGGAACGAGGUGCACUCGGCGGGGGCGGCCCGCCUGGCUGUGGGCUGCGUGGUAGAGCUGGUCUUCAAGGUGACCACGGGGGAGCUGAAGAAUGGCUUUGCUGUGGUCCGCCCCCCUGGACACCACGCGGAGGAGAGCACGCCCAUGGGCUUUUGCUACUUCAACUCCGUGGCCGUGGCAGCCAAGCUUCUGCAGCAGAGGUUGAGCGUGAGCAAGAUCCUCAUCGUGGACUGGGACGUGCACCAUGGAAACGGGACCCAGCAGGCUUUCUACAGCGACCCCAGCGUCCUGUACAUGUCCCUCCACCGCUAUGAUGAUGGGAACUUCUUCCCAGGCAGCGGGGCUCCUGAUGAGGUGGGCACAGGGCCCGGCGUGGGUUUCAACGUCAACAUGGCUUUCACCGGCGGCCUGGACCCCCCCAUGGGAGACGCUGAGUACUUGGCAGCCUUCAGAACGGUGGUCAUGCCAAUCGCCAGCGAGUUUGCCCCGGACGUGGUGCUGGUGUCAUCAGGCUUCGACGCCGUAGAGGGCCACCCCACCCCUCUUGGGGGCUACAACCUCUCCGCCAGAUGCUUCGGGUACCUGACGAAGCAGCUGAUGGGCCUGGCUGGCGGCCGGAUCGUCCUGGCCCUCGAGGGAGGCCACGACCUGACCGCCAUUUGCGACGCCUCGGAAGCAUGUGUUUCUGCCUUGCUGGGAAACGAGCUUGAUCCUCUCCCAGAAAAGGUUUUACAGCAAAGACCCAAUGCAAACGCUGUCCGCUCCAUGGAGAAAGUCAUGGAGAUCCACAGCAAGUACUGGCGCUGCCUGCAGCGCACAGCCUCCACAGCGGGGCGUUCUCUGAUCGAGGCUCAGACUUGCGAGAACGAAGAAGCCGAGACGGUCACCGCCAUGGCCUCGCUGUCCGUGGGCGUGAAGCCCGCCGAAAAGAGACCAGAUGAGGAGCCCAUGGAAGAGGAGCCGCCCCUGUAGCACUCCCUCGAAGCUGCUGUUCUCUUGUCUGUCUGUCUCUGUCCUGAAGCUCAGCCAAGAAACUUUCCCGUGUCACGCCUGCGUCCCACCGUGGGGCUCUCUUGGAGCACCCAGGGACACCCAGCGUGCAACAGCCACGGGAAGCCUUUCUGCCGCCCAGGCCCACAGGUCUCGAGACGCACAUGCACGCCUGGGCGUGGCAGCCUCACAGGGAACACGGGACAGACGCCGGCGACGCGCAGACACACGGACACGCGGAAGCCAAGCACACUCUGGCGGGUCCCGCAAGGGACGCCGUGGAAGAAAGAAGCCUGUGGCAACAGGCGGCCGAGCUGCCGAAUUCAGUUGACACGAGGCACAGAAAACAAAUAUCAAAGAUCUAAUAAUACAAAACAAACUUGAUUAAAACUGGUGCUUAAAGUUUAUUACCCACAACUCCACAGUCUCUGUGUAAACCACUCGACUCAUCUUGUAGCUUAUUUUUUUUUAAAGAGGACGUUUCCUACGGCUGUGGCCUGCCUCUGUGAACCAUAGCGGUGUGCGGUGGGGGGUCUGCACCCGGGUGGGGGACAGAGGGACCUUUAAAGAAGACAAAACUGGACAGAAACAGGAAUGUGAGCUGGGGGAGCUGGCUUGAGUUUCUCAAAAGCCAUCGGAAGAUGCGAGUUUGUGCCUUUUUUUUAUUGCUCUGGUGGAUUUUUGUGGCUGGGUUUUCUGAAGUCUGAGGAACAAUGCCUUAAGAAAAAACAAACAGCAGGAAUCGGUGGGACAGUUUCCUGUGGCCAGCUGAGCCUGGCAGUGCUGGCACCGCGAGCUGGCCUGACGCCUCAAGCACGGGCACCGGCCGUCAUCUCCGGGGCCAGGGGCUGCAGCCUGGCGGUCCCUGUUUUGCUUUAUUGCUGUUUAAGAAAAAUGGAGGUAGUUCCAAAAAAGUGGCAAAUCCCGUUGGAGGUUUUGAAGUCCAACAAAUUUUAGACGAAUCCAAAGUGUUCUCACACGUCACAUACGACUGAGCAUCUCCGUCUGGUCGUGAAGCAUGUGGUAGGCACACUUGCAGUGUUACGAUCGGAAUGCUUUUUAUUAAAAGCAAGUAGCAUGAAGUAUUGCUUAAAUUUUAGGUAUAAAUAAAUAUAUAUAUGUAUAAUAUAUAUUCCAAUGUAUUCCAAGCUAAGAAACUUGAUUCUUAUGAAAUCUUGAUAAAAUAUUUAUAAUGCAUUUAUAGAAAAAGUAUAUAUAUAUAUAAAAUGAAUGCAGAUUGCGAAGGUCCCUGCAAAUGGAUGGCUUGUGAAUUUGCUCUCAAGGUGCUUAUGGAAAGGGAUCCUGAUUGAAAUUCAUGUUUUCUCAAGCUCCAGAUUGGCUAGAUUUCAGAUCGCCAACACAUUCGCCACUGGGCAACUACCCUACAAGUUUGUACUUUCAUUUUAAUUAUUUUCUAACAGAACCCCUCCCGUCUCCAAGCCUUCAUACACAUAUGUACCUAAUGAGUUUUUAUAGCAAAGAGUAUAAAUUUGCUGUUGAUUUUUGUAUGAAUUUUUUCACAAAAAGAUCCUGAAUAAGCAUUGUUUUAUGAAUUUUACAUUUUUCCUCACCAUUUAGCAAUUUUCUGAAUGGUAAUAAUGUCUAAAUCUUUUUCCUUUCUGAAUUCUUGCUUGUACAUUUUUUUUACCUUUCAAAGGUUUUUAAUUAUUUUUGUUUUUAUUUUUGUACGAUGGGUUUUCUGCAGCGUACAGAAUUGUUGCUGUCAGAUUCUAUUUUCAGAAAGUGAGAGGAGGGACCGUAGGUCUUUUCGGAGUGACACCAACAAUUGUGUCUUUCCUGGUCUGUCCUAGGAGCUGUAUAAAGAAGCCCAGGGGCUCUUUUUAACUUUCAACACUAGUAGUAUUACGAGGGGUGGUGUAUUUUUCCCCUCCGUGGCAAGGGCAGGGAGGGUUGCUUAGGAUGCCCGGCCACCCUGGGAGGCUUGCCAGAUGCCGGGGGCAGUCAGCAUUAAUGAAACUCAUGUUUAAACUUCUCUGACCACAUCGUCAGGAUAGAAUUCUAACUUCAGUUUUCCAAAGACCUUUUGAGCAUGUCAGCAAUGCAUGGGGCACACGUGGGGCUCUUUACCCACUUGGGUUUUUCCACUGCAGCCACGUGGCCAGCCCUGGAUUUUGGAGCCUGUGGCUGCAAGGAACCCAGGGACCCUUGUUGCCUGGUGAACCUGCAGGGAGGGUAUGAUUUCCUGACCAGGACAGCCAGUCUUUACUCUUUUUCUCUUCAACAGUAACUGACAGUCACGUUUUACUGGUAACUUAUUUUCCAGCACAUGAAGCCACCGGUUUCAUUCCAAAGUGUAUAUUGGGUUCAGACUUGUGGGCAGAAGUUCAGACACGCCGUGCUCAGGAGGGACCCAGAGCCGAGUUUCGGAGUUUGGUAAAGUUUACAGAGUAGCUUCUGAAGUUAACUCAAACUUUUGACCAAAUGAGUGCAGAUUCUUGGAUUCACUUGGUCAUUGGGCUGCUGAUGGUCAGCUCUGAGACAGUGGUUUGAGAGCAGGCAGAACGGUCUUGGGACUUGUUUGACUUUCCCCUCCCUAGUGGCCACUCUUUGCUCUGAAGCCCAGAUUGGCAAGAGGAGCUGGUCCAUUCCCCAUUCAUGGCACAGAGCAGUGGCAGGACCCAGCUAGCUGGCUCUUCUGGCCUCCUUGGCCUCAUUCUCUGCACAGCCCUCUGGGGAUCCUGCCACCUGCCCUCUUACCCUGCCGUGGCUUAUGGGGAGGAAUGCAUCAUCUCACUUUUUUUUUUAAGCAGAUGAUGGGAUAACAUGGACUCCUCAGUGGCCAGGUUAUCAGUGGGGGGACUUAAUUCUAAUCUCAUUCAAAUGGAGACACCCUCUGCAAAGGCCUGGCAGGGGGAGGCAGGUUUCAUCUGUCAGCUCACUCCAGCUUCACAAAUGUGCUGAGAGCAUUACUGUGUAGCCUUUUCUUUGAAGACACACUCGGCUCUUCUCCACAGCAAGCGUCCAGGGCAGAUGGCGGAGGAUCUGCUUCGGCGUCUGCAGGCGGGACCACGUCAGGGAGGGUUCCUUCAUGUGUUCUCCCUGUGGGUCCUUGGACCUUUAGCCUUUUUAUUCCUUUGCAAAGGCCUUGGGGGCACUGGCUGAGAGUCAGCAAGCGAGCACUUUAUGUCCCUUUGAGGGAAACCCUGAUGACGCCACUGGGCCUCUUGGCGUCUGCCCUGCCCUCGCGGCUUCCCGCCGUGCUGCAGCGUGCCCACGUGCCCACGCCCCACCAGCAGGCGGCUGUCCCAGAGGCCGUGGCCCGCUGGGACUGGCCGCCCCUCCCCAGCGUCCCAGGGCUCCGGUUCUGGAGGGCCACUUUGUCAAGGUGUUUCAGUUUUUCUUUACUUCUUUUGAAAAUCUGUUUGCAAGGGGAAGGACCAUUUUGUAAUGGUCUGACACAAAAGCAAGUUUGAUUUUUGCAGCACUAGCAAUGGACUUUGUUGUUUUUCUUUUUGAUCAGAACAUUCCUUCUUUACUGGUCACAGCCACGUGCUCAUUCCAUUCUUCUUUUUGUAGACUUUGGGCCCACGUGUUUUAUGGGCAUUGAUACAUAUAUAAAUAUAUAGAUAUAAAUAUAUAUGAAUAUAUUUUUUUAAGUUUCCUACACCUGGAGGUUGCAUGGACUGUACGACCGGCAUGACUUUAUAUUGUAUACAGAUUUUUGCACGCCAAACUCGGCAGCUUUGGGGAAGAAGAAAAAUGCCUUUCUGUUCCCCUCUCAUGACAUUUGCAGAGACAAAAGAUGGAAAUUUUUCUGUAAAACAAAACCUUGAAGGAGAGGAGGGCGGGGGAGUUUGCGUCUUAUUGAACUUAUUCUUAAGAAAUUGUACUUUUUAUUGUAAGAAAAAUAAAAAGGACUACUUAAACAUUUGUCAUAUUAAGAAAAAAAGUUUAUCUAGCACUUGUGACAUACCAAUAAUAGAGUUUAUUGUAUUUAUGUGGAAACAGUGUUUUAGGGAAACUACUCAGAAUUCACAGUGAACUGCCUGUCUCUCUUGAGUUGAUUUGGAGGAAUUUUGUUUUGUUUUGUUUUGUUUGUUUCCUUUUAUCUCCUUCCACGGGCCAGGCGAGCGCCGCCCGCCCUCACUGGCCUUGUGACGGUUUAUUCUGAUUGAGAACUGGGCGGACUCGAAAGAGUCCCCUUUUCCGCACAGCUGUGUUGACUUUUUAAUUACUUUUAGGUGAUGUAUGGCUAAGAUUUCACUUUAAGCAGUCGUGAACUGUGCGAGCACUGUGGUUUAAAAUUAUACUUUGCAUCGAAAGGAAACCAUUUCUUCAUUGUAACGAAGCUGAGCCUGUUCUUAGCUCGGCCUCACUUUGUCUCUGGCAUUGAUUAAAAGUCUCCUAUUGAAAGAAAAAGAAA